CUUUUCUAUGAUCUCCCCCUAUGGGUGAGUUUUCUCUGAGAGCAGGCACACACUGAGCUCGUUAAACCAGAGCCGCUAGCAGUGAGUGUGAACUUGAAUGAAAGCUUGAUUUCUUCAUCUUGUCUUUUAAUUAUACGCUAUCGCUGAGAAACAUGUCUAUCCUGAAGAUACAUGCCCGUGAGAUUUUCGAUUCUAGGGGCAACCCCACUGUGGAGGUGGACCUCUACACAGAGAAAGGUCUGUUUCGAGCUGCUGUCCCUAGUGGAGCGUCUACUGGAAUCUAUGAAGCAUUGGAGCUGCGAGACAACGAUAAGUCACGUUACCUGGGCAAAGGUGUAUCAAAGGCUGUCGAGCAUGUGAACCAAACUAUUGCACCUGCCCUGAUCAGCCAGGGAAUUCCUGUAGUUGAGCAAGAAAAGAUUGAUCAGUUCAUGCUGGAACUGGACGGAACUGAUAACAAGUCUAAAUUUGGUGCCAAUGCCAUCCUGGGUGUGUCGCUGGCUGUGUGUAAGGCAGGAGCUGCAGAGAAAGGUGUUCCUCUGUAUCGUCACAUUGCUGACCUUGCUGGAAACCCUGAGGUCAUCUUACCUGUGCCGGCCUUUAAUGUGAUCAAUGGUGGCUCACAUGCUGGCAAUAAGCUGGCCAUGCAGGAAUUCAUGAUUCUGCCAGUCGGGGCCAGUAGCUUUAAAGAAGCCAUGCGCAUUGGUGCAGAGGUGUACCAUAAUCUGAAGAAUGUUAUUAAGGAGAAAUAUGGCAAGGAUGCCACCAAUGUUGGGGAUGAGGGAGGAUUCGCACCAAACAUCCUAGAGAACCAAGAAGCCCUAGAGCUGCUAAAGAGUGCCAUCAGUAAAGCCGGAUACACCGAUGAGAUUGUGAUUGGCAUGGAUGUGGCAGCAUCUGAAUUUUAUCGUGAUGGAAAAUACGACUUGGACUUCAAGUCUCCCGAUGACCCUAAUCGAUACAUAAGCCCCGAUGAGCUCGCUGACCUUUACAAAAGUUUUGUUCAGGAUUAUCCAGUGGUCUCUAUUGAGGACCCCUUUGAUCAAGAUGAUUGGGAUGCCUGGACCAAUUUUACUAAAAGCACGGACAUACAAGUGGUGGGAGAUGAUCUUACUGUCACCAACCCCAAACGCAUUGCUGACGCAGUGGAGAAGGGGGCUUGCAACUGCCUGUUGCUCAAAGUCAACCAGAUUGGAAGUGUUACCGAAUCCCUGCAGGCGUGUAAGAUGGCUCAGUCCAAUGGCUGGGGUGUGAUGGUGAGUCAUCGUUCAGGGGAAACAGAGGACACAUUUAUUGCUGACCUGGUUGUGGGACUUUGCACUGGACAGAUUAAAACAGGAGCCCCGUGCCGUUCAGAGCGUCUGGCCAAAUACAACCAGAUUCUCAGAAUUGAAGAGGAACUGGGGGAUAAAGCUCAGUUUGCUGGGAAGAACUUCAGAAAUCCACUGAACUGAGGCCACAACAGUACAGUUAGAACUAUUUAACCUCUUACAGUAAAUGUACUAAUAGUUCAGUUCGAGAAAGCAGUAUGAAAUUGGGUGGUUACAGGGACCAUAUCUUCAAGGACACAAAAACAAGCAUCAUAAACUUUCGGAUGGUGUCCAUCUGGAUGAUUGUUACAAGUACUUGUGUGAUGAUGAUUGUACUGCAAAAGAAAAGCAAACAAAUUGUAUUUUCCUGUAAAUGCUGCAUAGCAGAUUCCUAAGGUCUGUGCUUGUGAUAGUGGAUAUUGUUGAAAUAAAAACAUUACCUC